AUGGGCAUGGAGGUAGCCAUGAAUCGAGUGGUGAGCGCCGACAUCGUCGUCAUUGCUCUAAAUCAAGACAUGAAGAGCGUGGGAGACACCAUCGUAGUCCACGAGAUGAUCGACAUUCAAGAUCACGACACAGACGCCGAGAUGAAGAGCGUGGGAAGCACUACGAAAGAUCCAGGUCUCAGGACCGACGCCCAAGAUCCCGUCGACGAUAUGAGGACAAUGGUGUUCUCGAUCCCGUUGUCGAGAACUUGCCAAAUGACAGUCUAG